AUGGGCACGUUCUAUAUAGUAAAGUCAGGCUCACCUUUGCUGGGAAUGGAUCUGCUUAAGGCACUUCACUGCUGUAUUGAAGGCGAUGCUGUGAUUGCACAUGAGAAUUCGGAAAUAUUGCCUGUGCAUACUGUAGGAUGCGCAAGCGGAUUCGUGCACAAAGUGAAAGUGAAAGAAGGUUUCAUUCCUGUUCAGCAAAAAUUGAGAAGAUUGCCAUUGUCAGUCAGGCAAGCAGUUUCUGAUGAACUGAAACACCUGUUGGAGCAGGACAUAAUUGAACGGGUGGAUGCAUCUCCGUGGGUCUCCCCAAUUGUGGUGACACAAAAAAAGGGGGGUGGAAUUCGCAUGUGCAUUGAUUUAAGGGAGCCAAAUCAGGCUAUAGUUGUUGAUAGCCACCCCUUGCCCCAUAUAGAGGAACUGUUGGCAGAGCUGCAUGGGGCAACAGUGUUCUCUACCAUAGACCUGGCCUCAGCAUACCACCAGGUUCCAUUGCACCCGGAAAGUCGGGAUUUAACGGCGUUUAUUACCCAGGAUGAACUGUUCCGUUAUAAACGUAUCCCGUAUGGACUGGCUUCAGCCGCGCCUGCUUUCCAGAAGAUGAUGACAGCGAUAUUACACGGAUUGCCAGGUGUUCAAGCAUAUUUGGAUGACCUAAUUGUUUACGCCGAAACAGAGGGAAUCCAUGACACUCGCUUAAAAGCCGUACUUCACUGUCUGAACAAGGCUGGUCUGAAACUAAACAUGCAGAAAUGUAAAUUUAAGCUGCAAACCUUGAAAUUUUUGGGGCACACGAUUUCUAAAGAGGGAUUACACCCAGAUGCUGAUAAUGUAGCUGCUGUCGUGCAUGCACCUGCUCCCCAUGACAUAGCCUCACUGCGCUCAUUCCUGGGCCUAACGUCUUGCUAUAGUAAAUUCCUGCCUGAUUACGCAACAGUGGUUGAACCCCUGCGUGAAGUUUUGAGAACCUCCACUGACGUGAACUUCUUCUGGACUGAUAAGGCUGAUCAAAGUUUUGCCACCCUGAAGACGCUUCUAUCAAAGAGCCCCAUUCUAGCUCUAUUCGAUCCCCGAUUGCCAACUUACGUGAGCACUGAUGCUUCUAAUUACGGUGUGGGAAGAGUCCUUUCUCAGUUACAUGCUGAUGGUACGGAGCGCAUUGUGGCAUUUGCCUCCCGAACUCUUUCGUCAGCUGAAAGGAAGUACUCGACUGUGGAGAGAGAACCACUGGCUUGUGUGUGGAGUGUUGAAAAAUGGAGGACAUAUCUCUGGGGUAGACAUUUCGUUCUGCGCACUGACCACCAAGCCCUUACAACGCUUCUUACUUCAAAAGGCACUGGUAGAGCUGGCAUGCGAAUUGCUAGGUGGUCGGCCCGUCUGUUAUGCUAUUCCUAUGAUGUUGCAUUCCGCCCUGGGAGAUACAACACAACAGCAGACUGUCUGUCUCGACUUCCCUUACCGGAGACGAGUGAAUCAACAGAUGAACCAGAAAUGGUCGCCACUGUUUCUCACUUACUCGCCUUGUCAGUCUCUGAGUUUUCGUCUGCAUCGGAGAGCUACCUCCAGUUAGCUCAACUUCGUGCACAGAUCAAGAACGGCUGGCCUAAAAACAAGAAGUCAGUGACACAAGAACUGGAACCUUACUUUCACAUCAGACAUGAGCUUUCUUUGGAGGGUCCUCUCAUUAUGCGGGGGGAUCAUUGCCUUGUAGUCCCAUUGUCUCUGCGUACAAGACUUGUGAAUUUAGCUCACGAAGGACACCAAGGAAUUGUGCGGACAAAACAAAGACUUUGCGAGCUGUACUGGUGGCCGAAAAUGGGCAGAAGUGUAGAAACUCUGAUUGCCUCAUGUUUGACAUGUCAGCUGAAUGACAAAACGGCCAAGCCUGCACCUGCACCUCUCAUACCUGUGGAAUUACCUAACGGUCCAUGGGAAAAGGUAGGAAUCGAUAUUGUGGGACCAUUUGAGACGGCUACAUGGGAUUGCCGCUACGCCAUAACACUGGUAGAUUACUACAGUAAGUGGCCAGAAGUAGCUUUUGCAUCACAAGUGACAACAGAGGUCAUAACAACUUUCCUGGACACCAUCUUCAGUAGAGAAGGUAAUCCACAUUGCUUAGUGUCUGAUAAUGGCUCACAACUAACAUCUACUGCUUUUUCUGAUUUUCUGAAAGAACGCAACAUUCAGCAUUUGUACUCCAGCGUAUAUUACCCUCAGGCCAAAGGGGCAGUAGAACGCUUUAAUAAAGUGUUGAAACAAUGCAUCCAAUCUGCAAUUCAGGAAAAGAAGUCCUGGAAGGCAGCUGUGACACAGUUCUUGCAUAAUUUCCGAGCGACGCCACAUGCUACCACAGGGGCUACACCUUUCGAACUCCUGCGUGGCCGCAAGAUGCAUACAAAACUGGAUGUCCUGCCUGUCAGCAGGGAAGUGAAGACACAUUUGGAGAUUAAAAACACUGUGACACGUAAGCAGCAGAAAUACAAAGACUACACUGACAAAAAGAGAGGAGCUAAGGUACCCAAAUUCAAGGAAAAGGACUGGGUGCGUAUAAAGAAACCAGAACAUUUUCGCAAAGGCUCUACGAGGUACACUGCUCCGUGUUUGGUGAGAAGGAAAGUUGGUCCAAAUACCUUCCUGUUGGAAGAUGGGAAGAAAUGGAAUGCGUCUCGUCUCACGGGAGUUCCAAAUGAGGUGUCGAUAAGUUUGGGAAAGACUUUUGGGAAAGUAAGCUUACAGCCUAAUACUGAGGAAAAGGAAUAG